AGCCCAUUUACAAGUCUACACUUUCUCCCGCCAUUGGAAGAAAGCUCUUGUGUUCGGCUUGAAUCCUUGAUCGACGUUUCUGGAAGGAAGCGCAGGCUUCUCUCUUCUUCUACCCUCUACAAGAUGAGUACCAUGAAGUUUUGCCGGGAAUGUAACAACAUUCUCUAUCCGAAGGAGGAUAGAGAUGAGAAGAUUCUUCUCUAUGCCUGUCGCAACUGUGAUCACCAGGAAGUCGCUGACAAUAACUGCGUCUAUAGGAAUGAGAUUCAUCAUGCUGUAGGAGAACGCACUCAAGUUUUGCAAGAUGUUGCUGCAGAUCCAACUCUCCCUCGCACUAAAGCUGUCCGAUGUGCUCAAUGCAACCAUGGAGAAGCUGUUUUCUUCCAGGCCACUGCCAGAGGAGAGGAAGGUAUGACAUUGUUCUUCGUUUGCUGCAAUCCAAAUUGUGGCCACAGAUGGAGAGAUUGAUAUCAUACACAUCUCCAAUAUGCAUUCUAAGUUUAAUUUGCACACCAAAUGUUUUAACCAUUUCAUGCUUGAAGAUGUUAUCUUUUGCAUGGUGGGUUUACAACUGUACUGAUUGUCUAUGUGGGUUGCUAAGAACCAUCCUCAUUGCAACUUCUCAAUUUAACUUCCCAGAGAUGUACUGGAACAAUGCCAUUUGUCUAAGUUUCGUUUCACUCUCAGCUUGGAAAAAUUAAAAUCUUGAAGAAAAAAAAUCGUUAAAAUGUUAUAGCAAAAA